ACUCCUCGGAUCUGAAGGUCUCAUUUCUAGACUCUUCUAUAUUUCCCUCUCUCUCUGAUCGUCGUCCUCGUUGAAAGCUAGGGUUAGGGUUCGGAUUUAGAGUGUUAGUGUGUAGAUCUGAGAUAUCUGUGGUUUAUUUAGCUUAGUAACUGAGGAGUUGGAGGGCCAUGGGGGAAAGUAAACGGAGGAUCUACCUGCAAUUUUGCUUGCUGCUCUUGGUCGGUUGCUUAACUCCGCGACUCUAUGCCUCCGAUGAUCUGAUCUUUUCUGAGUCGUUCGAUGAGCCCUUUGAAGGGAGAUGGAUCGCGUCCGAGAAAGAGGAUUAUAAAGGUGUAUGGAAACAUGAAAAGAGUGAGGGACAUGAUGACUACGGGCUUCUUGUGAGUGAGAAGGCCCGGAAAUAUGCAAUUGUGAAAGAGCUUGAAAAGCCUGUGGAGUUGAAGGAUGGGACUAUUGUCCUUCAGUUUGAAACUCGCUUCCAGAAUGGACUUGAGUGUGGUGGUGCAUAUUUAAAAUAUCUUCGCCCUCAGGAGGCUGGAUGGAGAUCCAAGGAGUUUGACAAUGAGUCUCCCUACUCCAUCAUGUUUGGACCUGAUAAAUGUGGGGCCACAAACAAGGUUCACUUCAUUCUGAAGCACAAAAACCCCAAGAGUGGAGAAUACAUUGAGCACCAUCUCAAGUACCCACCUUCAGUGCCAUCUGACAAGCUAACCCAUGUGUACACUGCAAUUCUGAAGCCGGAUAAUGAGUUGCAGAUCCUUAUUGAUGGCGAAGAGAAAAAGAAGACCAACCUGCUAACUGGCGAAGAUUUUGAACCAGCUAUUAUUCCGCCUAAGACCAUUCCUGACCCAGAUGAUAAGAAGCCUGAGGACUGGGAUGAGAGGGAAAAAAUUCCUGAUCCAGAUGCAGUGAAACCAGAUGACUGGGAUGAGGAUGCACCAAUGGAAAUUGAAGAUGAGGAAGCAGAAAAGCCUGAAGGGUGGUUGGAUGAUGAGCCCGAAGAGAUUGAUGAUCCUGAGGCAACUAAACCAGAAGAUUGGGAUGAUGAGGAAGAUGGUGAGUGGGAGACUCCAAAGAUCGACAAUCCAAAGUGUGAGAAUGCUCCUGGUUGUGGUGAGUGGAAGAGGCCAAUGAAGAGGAAUCCGGCUUACAAAGGCAAAUGGCAUGCCCCACUUAUUGACAACCCCAAUUACAAGGGUAUCUGGAAGCCACGUGAAAUACCAAACCCCAACUACUUUGAGCUUGACAGACCUGACUUCGAGCCUAUUGCUGCCAUUGGCAUAGAGAUUUGGACAAUGCAAGAUGGCAUCUUAUUUGACAACAUUUUAAUAGCUAGCGAUCCUAAGUCUGCGGAGGCAUACAGGGUAACUUCUUGGAAACCAAAAUUUGAAGUUGAGAAGGAGAAACAAAAGGCUGAGGAAGAAGUUCCUGAAGGCCUCAAGGGCUACCAGAAGGUCGUAUUUGAUAUCCUCUAUAAGAGUGCUGACAUUCCGUUCUUGAGUAAUUACAAGAUAAAGAUUCUGGAUGUGAUUGAGAAGGCAGAAAAGCAGCCCAACCUUACGAUCGGCGUCAUUGUGGCCGUCGUUGUUGGUGGUCUCACAAUAAUAUUAAAGAUUCUUUUCGGUGGGAAGAAGCCGGAAAAAGUGAGAGCAGAUGCCGCAAGUGGUAACCAAGAAGCAGCAGCAGCAGCAGCACCUGAGACUUCCAGCAACCAAGGAGGAGGCAGCAGCGAAGAAAAGGAAGAGCAGAACGACAAGGACGACACUGCAGGAGCUCCACGGAGGAGGGCUAACCGGCGUGAGAACUAGAGAAUACGGUCGAUGAUUAGCUUCAAUUAAUUAUGUUAGAUUUUGCAUUGAAGAACACUCGUGAGUUUUUCACUUGAAUCACCAGUCUGCGAUUUUAUUUUUAUUUUUAUUUUUUCUCAUCUAGUUUUUGUGAUGGACCAAAAGAUGUAUGAGAAUGGGAAGAUAUAUGUAAAUUAGAGGACCUAGUUGGCUGCUUCAUAUGAAACUUUUUGAUUUGUGGA